CGGACACAGAAACUCCCAGUCAACGAGCAGCGGGUGAUCCAGCGCCAUUUCGCCCUCCUGACGAGCAGCGGCCCAGCAGGGGCGGGCCAUCAAGCAUGGAGUACCAACUCACAGUUGCCAACUCCCCGUCUCAGGUUCUGGCCAAGACCAACCGGGUGUUUGUGUCGCCGGAUGACCCCGUGGCAGCAAUACCAUUUGUGCAACUGGGCGACUUUGUGUACACUGUCCAAGCAGAUGAGCUGAUCACGCCGGGGUACAUUGGCCUGAAUGCCAUCCAGCGGCGGAACAUCCGCGUGUCGUCGGGCGACAAGGUGGCGGCGCUGCAGUUCCUGCUGCCCUCUGACAAAUUCCAGAUUGCGCUGCUGAAUGCGGAGGUGGACUUUGUGACCAAGCGGGCGGUGCGUGGCCCGGACCUGGAGCUUGAUGCGCACCAGCUGUCCAGCCACCUGCAGUCCCGCUUUGCGGGCCAGGUGCUGACCGCCCACCAGGAGCUGAGUUUUGAGUACCAGGGCACCAACUUCUUGCUGAAAGUGAGCGGCAUCAUGGUGGCCGACCCCACGGCGGAGCAGCUGAGCGUGCACCGCGGCCAGCUGGUGCCCGACAGCGCGUACAUCUUUGAGACGCGGCACGGCAGCGGGGUGAAGGUGACGGGGCAGCGCAGCGUGAUGGCCACCCAGCUGUUCAAGCACAAGGAGUUCAACUUUGAGAUGCUGGGCAUCGGCGGCCUGGACGACCAGUUCGAGCAGAUCUUCCGCCGCGCCUUUGCCUCCCGCGUCUUCCCGCCCUCUGUGGUGGAGCGGCUGGGCAUCCGCCACGUGCGCGGUGUGCUGCUGUACGGCCCGCCAGGCACCGGCAAGACGCUGAUUGCGCGCCAGAUCGGCAAGAUGCUCAACGGCAACGAGCCCAAGAUUGUGAACGGGCCCGAGGUGCUGAACAAAUAUGUGGGGGCCAGCGAGGAGAACAUCCGCAACCUGUUCAAGGAGGCGGAGGCAGACUACCAGAAGCUGGGGGAGUCGUCAGACCUGCACGUCAUCAUCUUUGAUGAGAUCGAUGCCAUCUGCAAGUCGCGCGGCUCUGUGCGGGACGGCUCCGGCGUGCACGACACCAUUGUCAACCAGCUGCUGACCAAGAUAGACGGCGUGGAUGCGCUCAACAACAUCCUGCUCAUCGGCAUGACCAACAGGCGAGACAUGCUGGAUGAGGCGCUGCUGCGGCCAGGUCGGCUGGAGGUGCAGGUGGAGAUUGGGCUGCCAGAUGAGCGUGGGCGCGUGCAGAUCCUGCAGAUCCACACCAGCAAGAUGAGCAGCAACUCGUUCCUGGGGCGUGACGUGGACCUGGCUGAGCUGGCGGCGCGCACCAAGAACUUCAGCGGCGCGGAGAUAGAGGGCCUGGUCAAGAGCGCCACCUCCUUUGCCCUGAACAGGCAGGUGGAUGUGACCGACCUGAGCAAGCCCAUAGAUGAGGAGGCCAUCAAGGUCACCAUGGCAGACUUCCUCGAGGCGCUGGAUGAGGUGAAGCCGGCGUUUGGGGCGGUGAUUGAGAGCCUGGAGACGUACCGCCUGCACGGCAUGAUCGACUACGGCGCUCGCUACCAGCACCUGCUGUCCAGCUGCCGUACCCUGCAGGCCAGAUCCAGCGAGAACACCCCGCUUGUGACGUGCCUGCUGGAGGGACCUGCCGGCACCGGCAAGACGGCGCUGGCUGCCAGCCUGGCCAUCGAGUCUGGCUUCCCCUUUGUCAAGGUGGUCAGCGCGGAGGCCAUGGUGGGGUACAGCGAGCAGGCCAAGUGCAGCCAGAUCGCCAAGGUGUUUGACGAUGCCUACAAGUCCCCGCUGAGCGUCAUCGUGCUGGACGACAUUGAGCGGCUGCUGGAGUAUGUGGCCAUUGGCCCCCGCUUCUCCAACACCGUGCUGCAGACGCUGCUGGUGCUGCUGAAGAAGCAGCCGCCGCAGCAGCGCAAGCUGUUUGUGGUGGGCACCACCAGCCUGGGCAUGGUGAUGCAGGAGAUGGAGCUGGCGGCAGCAUUCAACGUGGCCCUGCACGUGCCGCGGCUGUCGCAGCCGGAGCAGAAGAGCGUGCUGCAGCAGCUGGGCGCGUUCAGCGGCACAGACCUGGACAUUGCAGUGGCCGAGCUUCCCGACCUGGAGGUGCCGCUGAAGCGCCUGCUGCUGCUGUUGGACCUGGCGCGGCAGGGGCAGCCGGAGGAGGAGCGCGUGGUGUCGCUCACGCGCUGGUCGCAAGUGCUGCGGGACCUGAAUGGAUGAAGCCGGGCCCCUGGCCCCCCCGCCAGCUAGCCCAUGUUUUGUUUGCUGCGAUUCGUGUGUGCGCGCUCCCGCUCUCCUGCUUUGCUUUGUUGCUUCCUCUUGUCCAGCUUGUGCCUUCUCAGCUUCUUGUUUGUAACAGCACCGGUCGGCC